CAUGGCCAGAUCGAGAUACCAAAUGUAGUGAAAAGUUGCAGUAAAUGUUUUUAUGAAGAAUCGUGAGUAAACUCAGAUUAUAGAUAGAGAUAAGAAAGGGAGCUAGCUACGAAGAAGAAGAAGGGGAGGAAUUGUGCAUGGGCUUUGCCCUAAUAAUGUGGUCCCACAUUACAGCUGUCUCCUCCAAUCCCACCGUCAAAAACGUGACACGUGGAUGGCUAGGAUCAGCUGACUUUAGCCACUCUCUUCCUCUCAUUAAUAUUCCUUCUUCCUUCUCUCCCUCUGCAACUCUGAUUCUUCACCAGUCGUCACACUCUCUUUGUAAACUCAUAUACAUCUUCUUCUACUCUCUUCUUUGUAGCGCACUCUGCAGAAAUCAUGGACACGAGGCCUUCAUUUUACAAGAUCUUGAUGGACCUCCCUCCCAAACUCCUAUUGCCAAAGGGUUUCACGGAUAAGUACGGCGAAAACUUGUCCGAAAGAGUUAGGCUAAGAAACAAGAGCGGCACCUCAUGGAAUGUGAGGCUCGAGAAAAUGAGAGAAGAAGGAGAAGAAACCGAUGCUUACUACUUCACGAGAGGAUGGACCAAAUUCUGUAAUGACGUGGACCUUAAGACCUUCGAAGUGCUCGUCUUUUUCUACGCCGAAAACUCCACAUUCGACGUCACCGUAUACGCGGUCACUGCACUGGAGAAGGAGCCGGCCGGCUUCAGAGCUGCGGCGAAUCCCAUGUGCCGAUUUGACUUGAAGCAACACAACUACCAUAAAUUUCAUGUUCCGAAGGAUUUCUCGGAUGCGUGUGGUUUGAAGGAGAAAAGGGAAGUGCGGUUGGAGUGUCGGGGCGGGUCGAGUGCGCGAGUUAAGGUGAACUCGUGUAAUGGCCGCGUUGAUUUUGGCGGGGGCUGGUCGGGGUUCUUGAAAGCAAACAACUUCGCUAUUAACAAAACUUACUCUCUUGAGUUCCUUCCCGCCAAGAAUGUGAUUAGGGUUGGACCAGACUAUCUCUUAUAUUAGGAUUUCCCAGCCUUUGUUUAUUUUAGGAUGUUAUGACUUUUUCAACAUAUGUUGCAUGUUGUGUGCUA